GAAAAAUAAUAGAAACAUUAAAAUUCAGUGGUCACUCCCUCUCAUCCGGCUUCCACCUCCGCUCGCCGCCUUCGCCCACGGAAUCGCGAAAUUCCCCAUUCCUCCUCGGUCUCUAUAAAACUCGGCAACCAAAUCUCAAAUCCCAUCUCGCUGUUACUCAACACCACUCCCCAUUUCGGAUCGCCGCAGCUCCGGAGAGACAAGGAGAGCGCGAUGGCGAACAUUGACAUGGCGGCGAUCCUGGCGGACCUGGAGCGCGGCGACGGCGGCGGCGACGCGCGGCUGCCCAAGACCAAGCUCGUCUGCACGCUCGGCCCGGCCUCCCGCACCGUGCCCAUGCUCGAGAAGCUGCUCCGCGCCGGCAUGAACGUCGCGCGGUUCAACUUCUCGCACGGCACGCACGAGUACCACCAAGAGACGCUCGACAACCUCCGCCAGGCCAUGCACAACACAGGCAUCCUCUGCGCCAUCAUGCUCGACACCAAGGGUCCUGAAAUUCGUACUGGAUUUUUGAAGGAUGGUAAACCAAUCAAGCUAACUAAGGGUCAAGAAAUCACUGUUACUACUGAUUAUGAUAUCAAGGGCGAUGAGAAUACGAUCGCUAUGAGUUACAAGAAACUACCUGUAGAUGUGAAGCCUGGAAAUGUCAUUCUAUGUGCUGAUGGCACGAUCUCCUUGACUGUUCUGUCUUGCGAUCCUGAUGCUGGAACUGUGAGAUGUAGGUGUGAGAACACUGCAAUGCUCGGAGAAAGAAAGAAUUGCAAUUUGCCAGGAAUUGUUGUGGAUCUUCCUACACUGACUGAGAAAGAUAAAGAAGACAUUUUGGGAUGGGGUGUUCCAAAUGAUAUUGAUAUGAUUGCUCUAUCCUUUGUCCGUAAAGGUUCAGAUUUGGUGAAUGUCAGGCAAGUUCUUGGGCAACAUGCCAAGCGCAUUAAGUUGAUGUCAAAGGUCGAAAACCAAGAGGGUGUUAUAAACUUUGAUGAUAUCUUGAGGGAGACUGAUGCCUUUAUGGUUGCUAGAGGUGAUCUUGGAAUGGAGAUUCCUGUUGAGAAGAUUUUCCUUGCACAGAAGAUGAUGAUCUAUAAGUGCAACAUUGCUGGCAAGCCUGUUGUUACUGCUACUCAGAUGCUUGAGUCAAUGAUCAAAUCUCCGAGGCCAACUCGUGCUGAGGCCACUGAUGUUGCAAAUGCUGUUCUUGAUGGAACUGACUGCGUCAUGCUCAGUGGUGAGAGUGCUGCUGGAGCAUACCCCGAGGUUGCUGUGAAGAUCAUGGCUCGUAUCUGCAUCGAGGCAGAGUCUUCCCUCGACUAUGAGGCUGUUUUCAAGGCGAUGAUCAGGUCUGCGCCGCUUCCGAUGAGCCCACUGGAGUCUCUUGCAUCCUCUGCUGUGCGAACUGCCAACAAGGCCAGGGCUACACUGAUUGUCGUCUUGACUCGCGGUGGCACCACAGCCAAGCUGGUCGCGAAGUACCGGCCCAGGGUUCCAAUCCUCUCCGUGGUUGUCCCUGUGCUAACAACCGAUUCAUUCGACUGGACCAUCAGCUCUGAGGGCCCGGCAAGGCACAGCCUAAUAUACAGAGGUCUCAUUCCCCUCCUUGCCGAGGGCUCUGCCAAGGCUACCGAUUCAGAGUCCACAGAGGUGAUCCUGGAGGCAGCACUGAAGUCGGCCGUCAAGAAGCAGCUGUGCAAGCCUGGUGACGCCAUUGUAGCUCUACACCGUAUCGGCGUCGCUUCUGUCAUCAAGAUCUGCAUCGUGAAGUGAUCAUCAGACACGAUUAUUUGAGUCCCAGGGUUUCGCAUCGCUGGGAUUCAUGAAACGGAACUUCUCUGCCUGUUUUAGAACUCCAUGUUUCAGAGACAGUUAAUUACGCGCCCUGCCUGCAUUUUGCAGGAUGCCUUUAUUUACAUAGAUUUGAGCUGGUAAAUGAGGAGAGAGGACUCCAUUAUGCAGAACUCUACUACUGUCUAUGUUCAUUGUCCUGUAUUUGGCAGGUAGUUUUUUAAAAUUAAGUUGAAAUAUGCUUUAGUAUA